CUGCGCUCCCUGCGUGGGCAGCCGGAGCCCGGGGCGGCUGCAUUUCCCCACCAUGGCUAACGCCCGGCUCUGGGCCCGGGCCGCUCUGCUGGGCGCCCUGCUGGGGCUGCUGCAGGGGGGCCGGCCGCUGGGCGAGCUGGCGGAGAAGAAGCUGUGUGCGGACGCCGACUGCAGCCAUCCGAUCUCCAUCGCGGUGGCCCUGCAGGAUUACGCCGCCCCCGACUGCCGCUUCAUCCCCAUCCAGCGCGGGCAGGUCGUCUACGUCUUCUCCAAGCUGAGGGGCCGGGGCCGGCUGUUCUGGGGCGGCAGCGUGCAGGGGGAUUAUUACGGGGAGCAGCCCGCCCGCCUGGGCUUCUUUCCCCGCAGCGUGGUCCAGGAGAGCCAGAACCUCAGGCCGGGGAAGGUGCAGGUCAAAACCGAUCAAUGGGAUUUCUCCUGCCAGUGAGUCCUGCCGCGGCCCCCGCUGCCAGCGCUCGCGCAGCUCCCGGCACCCCCACCUGGGCACCGUGGCUCCAGCGCUUGGCCCAGGCCCUGCUGCUGUUCCAGAGCCCUGGGGGCAGGCGUGAAUUUCCCUUUGCUGUAGCAAUAACACUCCCCCCCUCACCCUGGGGCAGCUCCUUGUAGCUUCACCUCACCACCCCCCGCCUGCAGCCACUCCUAAAUAAAGCCCCCCUGC